AUGUCAGUAGCCUUGCAAAUGGAGCUGCCUGAAGAAAUUCAGCAUCCGUAUUCCAAAUUUUCAGACUGGAAAUUCAAGCUGUUUAAAGUGAGGUCACUCAAAAAGACACCUUCUGACGACAGCCAGCAACUGAACAAAGAACAGACCGAAGAGGCCACUUCUUCAAACAAAGAGACCAGACUGCAUGAGAAUGAAGCACUGCCAAGAGGAGAAGAGGUGGACUUUGGGAGCGAUGGGCAUGCACCCGAGAAGGAUGCCAAGGACACAAAAAUACAAGGUGAAGAAGCUCAUCAAGACAACCUGAAGCAGCUCUGCCGCAUCUGUGGAGUCUCCUUCAAAACUGAUUGCCACAAGAGGACUCACCCAGUCCAUGGGCCAGUGGAUGAUGAAACUCUAUUGCUUCUGAGAAAGAAAGAGAGAAAAGCAACUUCUUGGCCAGACCUUAUUGCUAAGGUGUUUAAGAUUGAUGUGCGCGGAGACAUUGAUACCAUCCACCCCACCCGAUUCUGCCACAACUGCUGGAGCAUCAUCCACAGGAAAUUCAGUAACAGCCUGUCUGAAGUCUAUUUUCCUAGGAACAGCACGAUGGAGUGGCAGCCUCACUCUCCAGACUGCCAGGUGUGCCACGCUGCUGGCCGUGGGGGCAAGAGAAAAGGCCAGCCACCCAGUGUACAGCACGGCAAACGCCCCAAGACUGCUGCAGAAUGCGCUCUACCCAACAGAGGUGGAAAGAACCAAGCACAGAUGAAGAACAAAAAUGUCAUGAAAGAACUUGUCAAUUGCAAAAACAUUCACCUCAGCACCAGGCUGCUCGCGGUCGAUUACCCACUGGAUUUCAUUAAAUCCAUCUCUUGCCAGAUCUGUGACCAUAUUUUGGCAGACCCAGUGGAAACCACAUGCAGACACUUGUUCUGCAGGACUUGCAUUCUUAAAUGUGUCAAGGCUCUGGGCAGCUACUGCCCUUCCUGCUGGUAUCCUUGCUUCCCUACUGACCUGGUGACCCCAGUGAAAUCCUUCAUGAAUGUCCUCGACAGCCUGAGUAUAAAGUGCCCUGUAAAGGAAUGCGAUGAAGAGAUCUCACAUGGAAAAUAUGGCCAACACCUCUCCAGCCACAAGCAGAUGAAAGACAGAGAGCUCUACAGCUACAUAAAUAAAGGUGGCCGACCAAGGCAGCAUCUCCUGUCUUUGACCAGGAGAGCUCAGAAACAUCGUCUGAGGGAGCUGAAAGGCCAGGUCAAGGCUUUUGCUGAGAAAGAAGAGGGAGGUGACAUGAGGGCUGUGUGCAUGACUCUGUUCCUGCUAGCUUUAAGAGCAAAAAAUGAACACAAACAAGCAGAUGAACUGGAGGCUAUAAUGCAGGGGAAAGGAUGUGGGCUUCACCCUGCUGUCUGCCUGGCCAUCCGAGUCAACACAUUCCUCAGCUGCAGCCAGUAUCACAAAAUGUACAGAACGGUGAAAGCCGUCAGCGGGAGACAGAUCUUCCAGCCCCUGCACGCUCUGCGCGCCGCCGAGAAGGCCUUGCUGCCAGGAUAUCAUCCCUUCGAGUGGAAGCCUCCCUUGGAAAACGUGUCUGCUAACACGGAUGUGGGCAUUCUGGAUGGGCUCUCAGGGCUGCCAGUCUCAGUUGACGACUACCCAGUGGAUACAAUUGCAAAGAGGUUUCGAUAUGAUGUGGCCUUGGUUUGUGCCUUAAAGGACAUGGAGGAGGAGAUCCUGGAAGGUAUGAAAGCAAAAAACCUGGAUGACUAUUUGAGUGGUCCCUUCACCGUGGUGGUAAAGGAGUCCUGUGAUGGGAUGGGAGAUGUCAGUGAGAAGCAUGGGAGUGGGCCUGCUGUGCCAGAGAAGGCUGUUCGCUUCUCUUUCACGGUCAUGAACAUCGCUGUAGAGCAAGGGAACGAAAGCAAGAGGAUCUUUGAAGAAGUAAAGCCCAACUCAGAGUUGUGCUGCAAGCCCUUGUGCCUCAUGCUGGCUGACGAAUCGGAUCACGAAACUCUGACGGCAAUCCUGAGCCCCCUCAUAGCAGAAAGAGAGGCUAUGAAGAACAGCCAACUGCUGCUUGAAAUGGGAGGCAUCUUGAGAACGUUCAAAUUUGUCUUCAGGGGCACAGGAUACGAUGAGAAACUUGUGCGAGAAGUGGAGGGGCUGGAGGCUUCAGGUUCCACUUACAUUUGUACCCUGUGCGAUGCAACCCGCUUGGAGGCAUCCCAGAACUUGGUCUUCCACUCCAUCACCAGGAGCCACACUGAAAAUCUGGAGCGCUAUGAGAUCUGGAGGUCCAACCCAUACCAGGAGUCUGUCGACGAGCUCCGCGCGAGGGUGAAGGGUGUUUCAGCCAAGCCUUUCAUUGAGACUGUGCCCUCCAUAGAUGCCCUGCACUGCGACAUCGGCAACGCGGCCGAAUUCUACAGGAUUUUCCAGAUGGAGAUCGGGGAAGUGUACAAGAAUCCCGAUGUGUCUAAAGAGGAGAGGAAGAGGUGGCAGCUGACUCUUGACAAGCACCUCAGGAAGAAGAUGAACUUGAAGCCCAUGAUGAGGAUGAGUGGCAAUUUCGCUCGAAAACUCAUGUCCAGAGAGACAGUCGAGGCGGUGUGUGAGCUAAUCAAGUGUGAGGAAAGGCACAAAGCCCUGAAGGAGCUGAUGGACCUCUACCUGAAGAUGAAGCCUGUGUGGCGAUCCUCGAGCCCGGCCAAAGAGUGCCCAGAGCUGCUGUGCCAGUACAGCUACAACUCGCAGCGUUUCGCUGAGCUCCUCGCCACAAAGUUCAAGUACAGGUAUGAGGGCAAGAUUACCAACUACUUCCACAAAACCCUGGCCCACGUCCCUGAAAUCAUCGAAAGAGAUGGGUCCAUUGGGGCCUGGGCCAGUGAAGGGAACGAGUCUGGGAACAAACUGUUCAGGAGGUUCCGCAAAAUGAAUGCCAGGCAGUCCAAAUGCUACGAGAUGGAGGAUGUCUUGAAGCACCACUGGCUCUACACCUCCAAGUACCUACAGAAGUUCAUGAAUGCUCACAAAACAUUAAAAAGCCAGGGCUUCACCACCGACCCAAAGGAGAGCUUAGGUGGCACCCUGCCUCUGGAGGAGGUCUUGGAAAGCAACAAUCCGGAGGAAAUCUAA